AUGAGUAAACGUCGUAGAGGUAGCCCGGAUAGCGGGCUAGACAGAAAGAGAAGAAAAUUGCUUCGAAAACUGGAAAAAUUGGACCGAAUUCAAGAUGAGGCGUUAAAUAACUCUGACAAUGGGAGUACUUCCAGAGGAAGAGAUGUAGAUCUCGUCCCAUCGGAGAUACAAGUUUUAAAUAAGGAAAGAGGGGAGGAUCUGCCCCUAGUGCAAACAAUGAGUGAUGUAGGAAAAUUAUUGACGGACUUGUUCUACACCCAAUCCACAACAAGAAGAGAACUAGUUUCGUUGGGUCUGAAAAAGGAGGUAAAAGAGACCUUAAUUGAUGCAGAAAUGGAUGGGUGGCUUUUUGGAGAGAAUUUGGAAGAAAGAAUCAGGGCGGUCCGUCCAGGUUUACCAGGGUUCGACAGGACGGACAACAAAGUCAGCAUCGAACUCAAAAGCUUCAGGAGCAAAAGUAUCCGGAUCAAAGAUAUCGGAAGGAGAGGCCAGAUUACCGAAAACGGCCUCCGCAACGCAGGGAGCAGUUCAGGCAGCGUCAUUAGUAUUAAACCCAAGGAUAAUUUGGAAUCGGCAAUUGUUGAUUGGAUGGCAAAAAAAUAUUUACCUUUUAAUUUCUUCAAUGACGAAGACACGCAAAAUUUUUUUAAAGAAAUAUCUGGAGAGGAUUUUCCAAAACAGAAUAAAUUGAGAAGAUUAGCAAUAUUUCGAUUUGACUGCUUACAAAAAAAAAUGAUCGACCUGUUGACAGAAAAUUCUUCAAAAUUAUCAUUUACUAUAGAUGGCUGGACCUCUAUCAGCGGCAGAUCUUAUUAUGGAAUAACCACUCAUUUUAUAGAUAAAAAUUGGGAAUUGCAAUCUAUCACCCUAGAUUUUAUUCCUGCUCAUGGAAAACAUACAGGAAAAGACAUUGCUCUCACGUUUUUUAAAAGUCUUGACGAUAAAGGCUUACGCAACAAACUUCAAGGAAUAACAAUGGAUAAUGCCUCAGCCAAUACAUCUUUUAUUAGAGAACUUCAGGAGCUAAUUCCCGAUUUAAAUGUAGAGGACUGCCAUUUUAGAUGUUUUGCACAUGUAAUUAAUCUGGCUGUGCAAGAUUUGUUAAAAUUGCUAAAACUUAAUUCUGAAGCAAAUGAAGAAUUGAGCGAUGAUAGUGUCGAUGAGGAAGCUGAUGUUGAGGAAAUUGAAAAUAAUUCCAAUGCAAUAUGCAAAAUACGUUCUAUUUUUUCAAGAAUUAAACGGUCAGAGCAACUUUUAAUUAAGUUUCGAAGUGCCUGUGAGGCAACUAGUAAUUCACGGAAACUGACACCUGUGUUGGAUGUGCCUACACGGUGGAAUUCGAGUAAUGAUAUGUUGCAAGUAGCUCUUAAAGGCAGACAUGGACUCGGUGUAUUGUGUCAAAAUGUUGCCGAUUUAAAACCAUACACUCUUGGGGAUGAAGAAUGGAUACUGCUAGAAGAAGUGCAUAAAUUACUAUCCAACUUUCAAAUACUUUCAAAAAAACUCGGAGGAGACAAGUACGUCACCUUACCUAUGGUGGUUAAUACUUCAGUUAAACCCAAGGAUAAUUUGGAAUCGGCAAUUGUUGAUUGGAUGGCAAAAAAAUAUUUACCUUUUAAUUUCUUCAAUGACGAAGACACGCAAAAUUUUUUUAAAGAAAUAUCUGGAGAGGAUUUUCCAAAACAGAAUAAAUUGAGAAGAUUAGCAAUAUUUCGAUUUGACUGCUUACAAAAAAAAAUGAUCGACCUGUUGACAGAAAAUUCUUCAAAAUUAUCAUUUACUAUAGAUGGCUGGACCUCUAUCAGCGGCAGAUCUUAUUAUGGAAUAACCACUCAUUUUAUAGAUAAAAAUUGGGAAUUGCAAUCUAUCACCCUAGAUUUUAUUCCUGCUCAUGGAAAACAUACAGGAAAAGACAUUGCUCUCACGUUUUUUAAAAGUCUUGACGAUAAAGGCUUACGCAACAAACUUCAAGGAAUAACAAUGGAUAAUGCCUCAGCCAAUACAUCUUUUAUUAGAGAACUUCAGGAGCUAAUUCCCGAUUUAAAUGUAGAGGACUGCCAUUUUAGAUGUUUUGCACAUGUAAUUAAUCUGGCUGUGCAAGAUUUGUUAAAAUUGCUAAAACUUAAUUCUGAAGCAAAUGAAGAAUUGAGCGAUGAUAGUGUCGAUGAGGAAGCUGAUGUUGAGGAAAUUGAAAAUAAUUCCAAUGCAAUAUGCAAAAUACGUUCUAUUUUUUCAAGAAUUAAACGGUCAGAGCAACUUUUAAUUAAGUUUCGAAGUGCCUGUGAGGCAACUAGUAAUUCACGGAAACUGACACCUGUGUUGGAUGUGCCUACACGGUGGAAUUCGAGUAAUGAUAUGUUGCAAGUAGCUCUUAAAGGCAGACAUGGACUCGGUGUAUUGUGUCAAAAUGUUGCCGAUUUAAAACCAUACACUCUUGGGGAUGAAGAAUGGAUACUGCUAGAAGAAGUGCAUAAAUUACUAUCCAACUUUCAAAUACUUUCAAAAAAACUCGGAGGAGACAAGUACGUCACCUUACCUAUGGUGGUUGUAUGUAUCAAUAUACUAAUAGAUAAUCUUGAGAGCAAAAUAUUUGAAUGGGAGGGAAAGGCAGGUCGAACCCCUGUUGAAGAGCAGCUUAUUGUUGGUUUUCAGGCUGCGAGAGACAAAAUAUUAAAGCAUUAUCAAAAUGAUAGAAGCGACAUUCUUGAAGAUAUUGCAGAAUCUGAUAAUGAAGAAAUCCUAAGCUCUCAGAAUGAAUCAAACAACUCAAAAGAUUUAAAAAUUGAUGAAAAAUUUAGUUGCUUCAGCGAUUUGGAAAAGAGAAUAAAGGAGUAUGAAGAUUUUUCGAAUUGUGUUUUUUAUAGAAGAGAUUCUGUUACUAUUGAAAAAUUUGAGUGUUUUCAAAGAGAUAGAGACCACAAAGCAGCUUCUUCUUAUCAUAAGACUCUUAUAUUAAAUUAUCCGAAAGAUUCUGCUGAGUAUCGUUACGCUGAAUAUCUGACCUAUCACGCAUUUCAAUUCGUGAGAAAAGAAUUUAAUAAUAUGGAUAAUUUACAAUUGAAUUUUAACGAAUCGUUAGGUGUCUAUGAAGAAAUUAUAUCGCCCACUAUUAAAAUAUCUUCAACUUCUACUUCAUGCAGUUGCGUAAGACAUACGUCAAUGCAACUACCUUGCAGACAUAUCUUCAUGGUGCGAAGAAAGGAGAAAAUGGACUUAUUUGAAGAAUCUUUGUGUAUCGUUCGAUGGACCAAUGGAUUUUAUUUUAAUACUCAAAGAGUAUUUUCUGAGGCUGAAGAAAUAGAAGUACCAGAAGCUAUUGUUUCUUCAAGAGAUGAUGGUGAUAGUGAAGAUGAAGAUGAAGACGAUGAUGAGAAUGAAGAUGAUGUUAUUACCCACGAUGAUGGAGAUGUCAUUGAUGAAAAUGAUAAUGAGGAUGAUGUUAUUAGCCCUAAUGAUGGAGGCACCAUUGAUGAAGAUAACAGUGAAGACAGAAGUGAUGUUAUUGGUGGUGGAGGCGAUAAAAAUAAUAACAUUAAUGAUACUAGUAAAUCUAAAUCAGAUGAUAAUAAUAAUGGUGAUGAUGGUGAUGAUGAUGAUGAUGAUGAUGAUGAUGAUGAAUUGAAUGAAAUGAUAAAAUACGUCGAAUCGCAAUCAGUGGAUAUAGAAAACGACCAAAUCAUACUUGAAAAUAAUCAAAGCAACGUUAAUAGCAAAAGAAUGUUAGAUAGUAGUGAUAAUAAUGAAGAAAUAAAUGCAGUUUGUUGUAAAGAAUUAUCAAAUCAGCCAUCAACUUCAAAACAAAGUCUUCACUCACAAAAAAUUAUUUCAUACGCAUCAUCACCAAUUCAACAAAAAGAGAAUGUUCCUUUGAAAUUAUCUAAUAAUUAUAAUCAAGCAAAUAAGACAAAAAUAAAUAUAUUAUCAGAAGUAAUUGUACAACCGGCAAUCAAAAGAAAAGGAAGGCCUAGAGGUACCGAUAAUACAGUCAUCGGAUUACCAAAGAAACGAAAGACAUCUAACAAACAAACUGUGAAAUUAUUUACUGAAAAAACAAUCAAAGAACAAUGUAAAGUAAUAUUAAAAUGGUUAUUGAUGGAUGAUGAAAUUGUAAAAAAAUGUAAAGUUUGCAAUGUAGAUUUAGAUAAGACGAUUGACGAUGAUGAUGACAUUAAGAACAAGAAAUUCAAAAUAAGCGUUGGAUGUGAUGCUUGUUUAGAGUGGUUUCAUUUAAAAUGCGUUGGACUCAAGAGAAAACCGAGCAGCAAAGUUUGGAUAUGCACCAGUUGUAAAAAUUCAAAUUAA